AUGCCCUUUAAGUCGGCCUCCGCUCCUUAUCCAGAAUUUUGGCUUCGCAAAAUUCGCUCUAUGUUUGCCAUGUUUGACCAUGAUCAAGAUGGCGUCAUCCACAGAGAGGACAUUGUCAACUGGUGUGUACAGAACGCUAAAGGUCGCCUUAAUCAAGUUCAGAUGGAGGUUUUCCAGGAACUGAUGGACGAAGCUUGGGAAUACUACUGGGCUGGAGAAGAAAAGAGAACCGAAGUCACUCUUAACGACAUUGCAGACAGCGUGAACCGCACUUACCAGGCUCCGGGCUUCAAGGCUUUGCAAGACAAGUGGUUAGGUACCUGUUUUGAUAAAGUGGCAGAUAUCGACGGUGACGGCUAUUUGACUUUAGAAGAAUUUACGACUUUUCUUGGAUUGUUUGGCGUACACCCAUUGAGCGUUCCUGCGUGUUUCGAAGCUCUGAAGACCAACAAAGAUGCCCUCAUCAGCAGAGAACAGUUCGUGCAAAAGGGGAAAGAAUUUGCUUAUAUUACAGUAGAUUCUCCAGCAAAAAUGUUCUGGGGACCUUUUAUUGCUUAG